UCCAACCACCUCUCCCCGGAGGCCCACAAGAAGGUUUUGGGAACAGACAAAAACGACGACCCAACAUAAACAACGCGCAGCCAUUUGUUCUUCUGUUUCUGCAGAUUUGGGAGAAGUUCAAUUUCUCAAUCAUCAUCGCCGAAACGACGACGCGUUUGCUACCGGUGAAGCUCGCAAACCUUUCUAUCUCCACUCUUAGGCUCCUCAAGGCGGUGUUGACGAAAGCCCUAAGCGCCUUAUUCUUCUUCUCGAUGGACGAUCUCUUCUCCUCCGAGGACGACGAUCAUCUCUUAGACCUCGAUUACCACCCUUACGCUCGUAAGCGGCCUCUCUCUUCCAGCCUCUAUAGCGACGAAUAUGAAGAAACGGACGAGGAGAGCAAUCGCCAGAAGCUCUACCUAGUUUCCUACAGGUGGUGGAAGGAGGCUCAAAGAAGUGUUGCUGAUCAAAUAGGAGGCGUUUUAUACACUGUGUUAUCCAACAAUGACGAUGCUGAUUCUGAAAUUGUACUGGACUUGAGGAAGGAAGAGAGUUCCGGGACUAGGGAUAAGGCGGGAGAAGUCGCAUCUGGCCGUGAAUAUGCCUUGGUUAAUGAAGCAUUGUGGCUGCGGACUCUUAAAUGGCACAAUGACCGCAAAACAUCUGAGGAAGAUGCUAGGUACCCAUUUGUUGCUGAAGAUCAAUCACAGGAAGUAUUUGCCUUGCUGAUAAGGCUUUCUUUUUCACCAGAAACAAAUUCAUUGUUAGUAAAGAUCAGUUUAAAGGAUAAUACAGUCGACCUUUAUAGGAGAGCUUGCAGUAUUUUCAGUUACCAAUCUGAGCUGUUUCAGAUUUGGGACUUCUCAGGGCAGACAAGCCAGUUUGUCAUGAAUGAAAUGAUCAAUUUGCCCAACAUUUCACCUGGAAAACUAGGGAAAGAGAUUCUUCUUGAAUUGCAUGUUCAUGGGUUUUUUGUUUCUACAAACGAUACCAAUGAGAGAUUGACAGAAUGGUCCAAGACAGAAAAUAGCUUUGGCAAGAGUAGAGUAAAGACAAAUAAGAGUAGUGACAACCCGAGCACUUAUUUAACGCUAACUGAUGCAUUGCUGUCUGGUACUGGUUAUAGGGGAAUUGGUCUAUUGGGCUUGACAGGACUACAAAAUCUUGGAAAUACUUGUUUCAUGAACAGUGCAAUUCAGUGUUUGGUGCAUACUCCGCAGCUUGUUGAUUACUUCCUUGGAGACUAUCAAAAAGAUAUAAAUUAUGAAAACCCUCUGGGAAUGAAUGGUGAACUUGCUUUAGCAUUUGGAGAACUGUUAAGAAAGCUAUGGGCUCCAGGUGCAAUGCCAGUGGCUCCAAGAAUGUUCAAGUUUAAACUUGCUAAGUUUGCUCCCCAAUUUAGUGGCUACAAUCAGCAUGACUCACAAGAAUUUCUUGCUUUUCUGCUGGAUGGCCUCCAUGAAGAUUUGAAUCGUGUAAAAUGCAAGCCAUAUAUAGAAGCUAAGGAUGCAGAGGGCCGUCCAGGUGAAGAAGUGGCAGAUGAAUAUUGGCAAAAUCACUUGGCUCGCAAUGAUUCCAUCAUAGUUGACGUCUGCCAAGGUCAAUACCGGUCGAUAUUGGUGUGCCACAUUUGCAAGAAGGUCUCUGUGACAUUUGAUCCAUUUAUGUACCUAACACUACCAUUACCUUCAACAACUAUGCGGACAAUGACUGUGACGGUUUUCAGCAGUGACGGGAUAGUGUUGCCAACUCCAUUUACUGUUACUGUUCCUAAGUGCGGGAGGCUCAAGGAUCUCGUUGACACAUUAAGUGUUGCAUGUUCUUUAAGAAAUGAUGAAACCCUUCUUGUGGCUGAGAUAUUCAAGAAUCAAAUUUUUCGUUUACUGGAUGAGCCAUCAGAUUCAUUAGCCUUGAUUAGAGAUGCUGACAAACUUGUUGCCUAUCGGUUACCAAAAGUUAAUGAGACAUACCCCUUAGUUGUGUUCUCACAUCAGCAGCUGAAAAGGCCUUAUAGUUUUGGUGUAAUGGCAUCAAAUUGGAAGCCAUUUGGUGUUCCUGUUGUAGCAAGGAUACAGGAUUUUUCAAGUGGAUCUGAGAUCCGUAACCAGUUUCUAAAGUUACUUAGUCCAUUUCUAAUGCCAGUCGAAGAUGUGGUAAAUGAUUAUGAUGGUGAUGAGACAGGGAAUACCAUUAAUGAGAAUUCUAAGAUGGAGGAUAUUGUUAGCUCCUCAGUUCCAGAUAGUGAUGCAGGUUCAGACAGUGGAGCAGAGAAUGAUUUUCAUCUAAAUGCUGGCUUCAAAUUCUACUUGGUCAAUAAAAUGGAACCAGUGGAGAUAAAGAUGAAUGAACCUGUACCAAUCUCAAGGUUUACUAAGAAGUUGGAUAUAAGCAUUCACUGGUCAGAUAAGAUGAUUGAAAAGUAUGACACAUGCCUUCUCAGCUCGUUGCCCGAGGUUUUCAAGCCCCAGUUGUUUACAGGAAGGCCUCAAGAAUCUAUUUCCUUGUAUAAAUGUCUGCAAGGUUUCUUGCAAGAGGAACCUUUAGGACCAGAUGACAUGUGGUACUGUCCCAGGUGCAAGAAGCCUCGGCAAGCCAACAAAAAGUUAGAUCUUUGGAGAUUGCCUGAGAUUUUGGUUAUUCAUUUAAAGAGAUUCUCAUAUAGCCGAUUUUUUAAGAACAAGCUAGAAACAUAUGUGGACUUUCCAAUUCAUGAUCUCAAUCUCUCCAAUUACAUUUCCCAUAUUGAUGGCCAAAUAUCCAAUUGUUACCAAUUGUAUGCAAUAAGUAAUCACUAUGGAGGUAUGGGAGGCGGUCAUUAUACAGCUUUUGUUGAUUAUGGGCAUGGUCGAUGGUAUGAGUUCGAUGAUGACAGAGUUUUCGCCGUCAACGAAGACAGAAUUAAGACAUCUGCUGCUUAUGUCCUUUUCUAUAGAAGAGUCCGGGAGGUGUAAUUUACGUAGUGAA